AUGCCUUCAGUAACUCCCAACGCAUCUCCGGUUACCGAUGAGACGAAUACUCCACAGCUCCAGAAGCUGACAAUUGACCCAAAAACAUUCCUCCACGAGAUCCCGUCCAUCAACAAAAAGCACCCUUUGAAUCCUUAUCGGCAGACUCAGAUCCCACUCACCUCGCCAAAGCCCAGCAAGAUUCUCGAUAUCAUUCAUAGAUACAAACUAACCACCCGACCCGGCAGCUAUGACCUUACCGUCAAUGGGUUCAAGGUUCUCUCCCAGAUCUGUGCUAGAAUCACCGCCAACCAGCACAUAUCAAUGUCCGCCAUAAAGGACGUCUACCCACUCGGCUCUGCCCUCUGCAUUAUCUCGGACGGGCUUGUGUACAACUACCUCCUGGGUGCGCCGGACCGUGACAUCUGGAACUAUGGAAACGCCCUAUGUAACAUGUUGGGCGCCGCUAGUUUCCGCCGCAUUGAGUUCUCACGGCCCAGGACUUGA